AUGCAGCCACCGGCGACGGCGCUUCUGAUUUACCCAGUGACCUUGGUGGUUGGAUCACUCUUUUCUGUUUUAUCCCCGACGGCCCAGGGCUCGAGAGACCACGCCCUAUACGGUACGGCUGGUGGCCCCUUGACUCCAGCAACGCCGGUCAAUUAUUUUGCCCGUAAGGACAACGUUUUCAAUCUCUACUUCGUUAAGGUUGGCUGGCUCUGGACGACUCUAGCGUUCGCCGUGGUUCUCCUGAGUCUCGAUGCCUAUCGGACGCCGUCGAGCCAACGACUGCGACGAAUGGGCCAGGCAACGGCCCGGUAUGCGCUGGCCACGCUGGUGUGGUAUCUGACGACGCAAUGGUGCUUUGGACCGGCUAUUAUCGAUCGCAGUUUUGUGGUCACGGGGGGCCGGUGUGAGCAUAUGGUUCCGUCGGUGGGAGGCAGCGGCAGCAACCACGACGACGAUGACCCCUUCGGCUUCCACAGUUUGUUCACGGCGGCAGCGUGCAAGUCCGCCGGGGGAGCGUGGCGAGGCGGCCACGAUGUCAGUGGACAUGUGUUUAUGCUGGUGUUGACGACGUCGAUGCUGGGGUUUGAAACAGUGGGUGCCUUGGGCGCAGGCGACGAGGAGUCGGGGCGGAGGAAGUGGUCGGUUCGUUUUGUCAGCGUGGUGGCCGCGUUGAGUUGGUGGAUGCUUUUGAUGACUGCUAUUUGGUUUCAUACGUGGUUUGAGAAGUUCAAUGGGCUCCUGAUCGCUUUGGGCACGGUUUAUACGAUUUAUAUUCUCCCACGACGGGUCAUCCCUUGGAGGAACGUGGUGGGAAUCCCGGGACUAUAG